CAGGAGCAGUGACUGCAGUCCCUUGCUGCAGGCAGGGUGGGAGGAGGCUGAUUUACAAAGCAGAUGCGCCUCUGACUGGAGUUCUGGGCCCUGCACCCAGCCACUGCCAUCCCGUGAGCUAUAAGAGCACCCAGACAUCCAGACCAGCUCUGGGCGGGUGCCAUAUAAGCCUAGCCUGGCUCCCCCUCCUGUAGGCCUGCCUUUUUUUCUCCUGCCUGCUGUGUCUGCCCAGCCUCUCCAAAGAGGGACUCUUGGCACCAUGUCUCUGCUGAACCCUGUCCUGCUGCCCCCCAAGGUGAAGGCCUAUCUGAGCCAAGGGGAGCGCUUCAUCAAAUGGGACGAUCCUGACGCCCCUCCCCUGCCCAGAGAAGAACAGGGCUUGGUUGCUCCUGGCUUCAGCAUCAAUAGGAAGAAAGUGUGCCCCAGAGCUUAGAGCCAGAAAAAGAGGAAACUGCAGUAGCCUCCCCAGUUAUCCUCCGUGUGGAUCCCAAGGGCUAUUACUUGUACUGGACCUAUCAGAGUAAGCUCCCUUCCAGGAGAUGGAGUUUCUGGAUAUCACUAACAUCCGGGACACCCGCUUUGGGAAGUUUGCCAAGAUUCCCAAGAGCCAGAAGCUCCGGGAUGUCUUCAACAUGGACUUUCCAGAUAACCACUUCCUGCUGAAGACACUCACAGUGGUGUCCGGCCCUGACAUGGUGGACCUCACCUUCCACAACUUUGUAUCCUACAAGGAGAACGUGGGCAAGGAUUGGGCUGAAGAUGUACUAGCUCUGGCCAAGCACCCGUUGAUGACCAACGCCCCCCGCAUCACCUUUCUGGACAAGAUCCUGGUGAAGCUCAAGAUGCAACUGACCCCUGAAGGGAAGAUUCCUGUGAAGAAUUUUUUCCAGAUGUUUCCUGCUGACCGCAAGCGGGUGGAAGCUGCUCUCAGUGCCUGUCACCUGGCAAAGGGGAAGAAUGAUGCUAUCAAUCCUGAGGACUUCCCAGAAUCUGUCUACAAGAGUUUUCUCAUGAGCCUCUGUCCUCGGCCAGAAAUAGACGAGAUCUUCACUUCCUACCAUGCUAAGGCCAAACCCUACAUGACCAAGGAGCACCUGACCAAAUUCAUCAACCAGAAACAGCGUGACUCUCGGCUCAAUUCCUUGCUGUUCCCACCAGCGAGACCUGAACAGGUGCAGGGCCUCAUCGACAAAUAUGAACCCAGUGGCAUCAACGUGCAGAGGGGCCAGCUGUCACCUGAGGGCAUGGUCUGGUUUCUCUGUGGGCCAGAGAACAGUGUGCUGGCCCAGGACAAGCUGCUGCUCCACCAUGACAUGACGCAGCCUCUCAAUCAUUACUUCAUCAACUCCUCACACAACACCUACCUGACAGCCGGCCAGUUCUCAGGCCUUUCCUCGGCUGAGAUGUACCGCCAGGUGCUGCUGUCUGGCUGCCGCUGUGUGGAGCUGGACUGCUGGAAGGGGAAGCCCCCUGAUGAGGAGCCCAUUAUUACCCAUGGCUUCACCAUGACCACAGACAUCUUGUUCAAGGAAGCUAUUGAAGCAAUUGCAGAAAGUGCCUUUAAGACCUCUCCCUAUCCCGUCAUCCUGUCAUUUGAAAACCAUGUGGACUCACCCCGCCAACAGGCUAAGAUGGCCGAGUACUGCAGGACGAUGUUUGGGGAUAUGCUGCUCACAGAGCCCUUGGAAAAAUUCCCACUGAAACCAGGCAUCCCUCUGCCCAGUCCUGAGGACCUCCGGGGUAAGAUCCUCAUCAAGAAUAAGAAAAACCAGUUUUCUGGUUCAGCAGCCCCCAGCAAGGAGCCUAGUGGGGAGGCUGAGGGCAAUGGCCUGCCCAGGGCCCCAGUGGGCGAGGACACAGUGUGGGCUGGUGAGGAAGGGUCUGAGCUGGAGGAGGAGGAGGUGGAAGUGGAAGAGGAAGAGGAGUCGGGAAGCCUGGAUGAAGAAGAGAUGAAGAAGAUGCAGUCAGAUGAGGGCACCGCAGGCCUGGAGGUGACGGCUUAUGAAGAGAUGUCCAGCCUAGUUAAUUACAUCCAGCCCACUAAGUUCAUCUCUUUCGAGUUCUCUGCCCAGAAGAACCGAAGUUAUGUCAUCUCCUCCUUCACGGAGCUCAAGGCUUAUGAACUGCUCUCCAAGGCCUCCGUGCAGUUUGUGGACUACAACAAGCGCCAGAUGAGUCGCAUUUACCCCAAGGGCACUCGCAUGGACUCCUCCAACUACAUGCCCCAGAUGUUCUGGAAUGCUGGAUGCCAGAUGGUUGCCCUCAACUUCCAGACGAUGGACCUGCCCAUGCAGCAGAACAUGGCACUGUUCGAGUUCAACGGGCAGAGUGGCUACCUCCUCAAGCAUGAGUUCAUGCGCCGACUGGACAAGCAGUUCAAUCCCUUCUCGGUGGACCGAAUUGAUGUGGUGGUAGCCACCACCCUUUCUAUUACGGUCAUCUCUGGGCAGUUCCUGUCAGAACGCAGUGUGCGCACCUAUGUGGAAGUGGAAUUGUUUGGUCUUCCAGGGGACCCCAAGAGGCGCUAUCGCACCAAGCUGUCACCCAGUCCCAACUCCAUCAAUCCUGUGUGGAAAGAGGAGCCUUUUGUUUUUGAGAAGAUCUUAAUGCCUGAGCUGGCUUCCCUCAGGGUGGCUGUGAUGGAGGAAGGCAAUAAAUUUCUCGGCCACCGCAUCAUCCCCAUCAACGCCCUGAAUUCUGGAUAUCACCAUCUGUGCCUGCACAGUGAGAGCAACAUGCCCCUCACCAUGCCUGCGCUGUUUAUCUUCCUGGAGAUGAAGGACUAUGUACCUGACACUUGGGCAGAUCUCACCGUUGCCCUCGCCAACCCCAUCAAGUUCUUCAAUGCCCAUGAUAAGAAGUCUAUGAAGCUCAAGGAGGCCAUGGGAGGUGUGCCUGAGAAGCCCUUCUCAUCCAUAAGUCCAGUUGCUCACCAAGUAAAUGGAGCAUCAGCUGCCCCAGCAAGCAACGGGUCAGCAGCAGCCACGGCCAGGGCCAGGGAGGAGGCCCCCAAAGAAGCUGUGGAGCCGCAGACCACUAGCCCCGAGGAGCUGCGCGAGCUGAAGGGCAUCGUGAAGCUGCAGCGGCGGCACGAGAAGGAGCUUCGGGAGCUGGAGCGGCGAGGCUCGCGGCGCUGGGAGGAGCUGCUGCAGCGCGGUGCGGCGCAGCUGGCCGAGCUCGGGCUGCCCAGCACUUGCAGCAAGCUCCGCCCGGGAAAGGGCUCCCGCAAGAAGAGGACCCUGCCCUGCGAGGAGACUGGUGGGACCGCCCGGGGUGAGGGCACUGAGGACGCAGACUCACGUGUGCGGGAACUGAAGGACAGGCUGGAGCAGGAACUACAACAGCAGGGCGAGGAACAGUACCUGUGCAUUCUGAAACGCAAGGAGCAGCAUGUGGCUGAGCAAAUGGCUAAAAUGAUGGAGCUGGCCAGAGAGAAACACGCUGCAGAGCUGAAGACCCUCAAGGAGAACUCAGAGAUUGACACCAAAGAGAUGAAGAAAAAGCUGGAGGCCAAGAGGCUAGAGAGAAUCCAGGCCAUGACCAAAGCUGCCUCUGACAAGAUGGCCCAGGAGAGGCUGAAGAGAGAGAUUAACAACUCCCACAUCCAGGAAGUGGUGCAGACCAUCAAGCAGAUGACUGAUACCCUGGAGCGGCACCAGGAAAAGCUGGAGGAAAAGCAGGCAGCCUGCUUGGAACAGAUCCAGGACAUGGAAAAGCGGUUCAAGCAAGAGGCAUUGGCGGAGUAUGAGGCCAGGAUGAAGGGCCUGGAGGCUGAGGUGAAGGAGUCGGUGAGGGCCUGCCUCAGGGCCUGCAUCCCCUCUGAGGCUGAGGACAAGCCUGAGACAGUCUGUGAAGCCUCCAAGGAGCCAUGUGGCCAGGACCCACUCACAACCAUGGCAGACAUCCAGGAAAGCCGCCUCUGAUGUCCCCAUUCCUUUGGGGGCAUUUAUCAAGGAUGUUCAGACCUUUCUGUAGGAUAUGGGUCCAUCCUCCAGGAGGAAAAAGCUCCAACACCUUAAACUGUAGGAAGCCAGGGUUCCCUUGCAUGUUGCAGCCCUCUCCUCAACAGCCAGGCUAGAGGAGAGGCAGGAAUCAGGUCCUAUCAGAGCAGGGGCCCAGCUGAGGCCUAAAAGUCUUCUCUAAGCUGAUUUCCUACUAGAUAUUCUUUCCCUCACUUCUUGAUGAGUGUUAUCUAUUUGUUGACUAUGGACCAGGAGGUGGGAUCCCUGGCUACAUUUUACCUUUCCUAGUGUGCAACUGGUGCUGUCCCACUUGGAAUUCGGUUUUCUCUCUUGGAGGGAUGGACCUGCCUACCUGGAACCUCUACUCUUGCAUCUGUGGUUCAAGCAGGACCAAACCCCAACCCCUCCUGCCACAAUGAGGGCACUAGGCUUCUAGGCCACAUCUUGAGUAGGUAGUGUGUGGUCAGCUCCAUGAGAUAGAGCCUGUUACUACCUUAAGAAUCCCUGGAGACAACUGUUUCCAGAAAGUUCCUGCCCUUAUCUCCUGCUUUGGGGAACAGGAGGCUGACAGGCAAAAGCUACCUCAGCAGACUGGCCCUCAGCUGCUGAGAUACGUGGGGCUGGGGCUGAUGUUGAGAAUGGAGGUUGGCCUCCAGGGCUCCUACCCUGAACCUGGCUCUCCCCUUUCCCUAGACCUGGGGGUGGGUACUUCCUACCAUGCAUUCCACUAAGGUUGCCUGACAAGGUCAGCAUCAUUUUCCCUUCUGAAUUUGUGGUUUAUUUAUUUUUCUCCUUCCUACUCCUACUAAAGAACCAUGACCCAACA